AUGUAUGUAGAGCUAGUGCGGGCUCUGCACCUUGUGGGGAAACUGGUCAGUCCGGGCUGCGCUUGGGGCUCAUCGACCUCGCAGCGGCGCCCGCGCAGAAAAAACUGCCUAACCCAAAUUUCGGAAGCCGUCUGCCACUCUCCCGACCCGGUGUCGUUCAUACGUUUGUCGCCUAGUGUCCGACUGAGGUCGUCGAAGGUUGUAGCGGCCGCUGCAGGCUGCGGUGCCCUUGCCGCGACAGACGGUGCAUGCACCCACCACCCACCACCCACACACCCAAUCACCCUCACACCCACACACCCACUGCAUUUCAAUGAUACAACAGACUGA